UGUGCUCUGAAAAAAUUCGACAAGCACAUAAAUUCAGUCCCAUUAUCACUUCUGAUUUUCUUAACCUUUCGAGAAAAUUGCCUUUCAAUCAUGGCAAGGAAAUUUUGAAUCUGUUGAGAGACCAGGGUUUUGUCGGCUAGAAGAUACAGCCAGACAGCACUAGAACAAUCAUCUACUAUCGUCAAAAAAUAUCUUGAACCACAGAAUGCAGUUGUACGAUAUGGUCCCCAUAAAUCAACAUGUAUCAAAUCAAAAACCUCUUUUAAAUUAUUAGAACUGGAAGGAAAACAUUGUCGAGUUUGUUUUGCUCUAAGACACACAUCACAACUUGUAAAUAAAUUCUCAACACUACUACUAAUCUCAGUAACUCCAGAAACAACCCCCGUGAUGUGAGAUGAUGGAUGACCCAGCCUGUUAUGCCACAAACUUAAAUAUGCAUGCACACUAGCCUUCAUAGCAGUCACCGGCUCAAGCCCACGAAAACGGUAUAGUCCCUCUCUCUCUCGUUCACCCGCUCCAAUCAGCAUCCUCGUUUUGCGGUUCUGCAGAAUGACCAACUUAUCAGUAACCUGUCCAAUCAAGAAGCUAUCAGUAACUAGUUGGCCAAAAGAGAUCAGAUUAGUGUGAAAUCCAUCAACAAAAAAACGUUCUGCAGACGCAAAUGCGAGCUCAAUUGUAUUGUUCCUUGUUUCGAAGCACAACCAUUCGAUGCAGCAGGUAAUGUAACCGGAAGUGGUGCUAUGUCUCGAAGAUCAGUGAGCAGCUUGAGACAACCAGUCAUAUGAUGUGUUGCUCCUUAUCAAGAAUCCACAAUGUAUCAUUAAUCUUACCCACUGAGUUUGCAUUCGACUUGUUGGCAUUGAGAAGACGUUGAACAGCACUCCAUUGCUCAUCAGAAAGUCCAGUCAAGCCAACACGAUCACUGUCUGUAAUCAUUCCAGCCGAGUUCAUCCCAGCAGAGUUUGCACUUGGAAUCUGCGUGAUGUUUGCUCGUGGGUUAGAGCUACCACCACGACCACCUUGAACAUUCUGAGUUCCUCUUCCUCCAUACUUAGGUCGAGGCUUAUCAGGCCACCACUCUGGAUAGCCAAUAAUUUUUAAACAUGAGUUCGCUUCAUGACCUUUCUUUCCACAAGACGUGCACGUUCGAUUGAAGUCACGGUUGCCACGAGAUGAGUCUGUUGGAGUCAGUCCUUGUUGCAAGAUGUCUGUAGUCCAGACAGGUGCAGACGAUCGAAAUCCAGACGAAGGUGAAGCUUGAGUCGCAAAGCUCAUCACCUGAGUUUCAGUGGUGAUGUUCGAACGAAUUGUCUCAUUCUGCAAAAUUGUCUGAUAGACGCUGUCGAGGUCCGGCAAAGGUGUUAUUGCACACAACUGAGAUCGAAUGACCCAUGAACCGAAUCAUCUAAGCCUGAAAGAAAAUCAUGUAUCUUCAGAGUUUCUUUUUCCUUAUCGUGAGCGGCACUGAGAUUGCACUCACACUUUCCACAUACACAUUGUUUCGACUCCAUACAUUCGGAAAUCCCAUCCCAGAUUUUGGUUAAGCGACCAAAGUAAUCAUCAACGCUAGAACCGUUCUGUUUGCAAGUUGCCAAAGAAUUUCUGAGUUGUUGAAGUCGAGCGCCACUCUUGAUAGAAAAUCUCUUGAUAAUAUCCCAUAAGUCCUUCGCAAUCUCUCGAGUUGAGAUUGUCUACCUAAUCUUUGGCUCAAUUGUUUGUUUGAUCCAGCCAACGAGGAGGUGAUUGUUGGCCACCCAAUCUUCUAGAUAUGGAGAGCCUGCUUCUUGUUUUGGUAUACUCCCAUCAAGGAAACCAAAUUUAUUCCGAGAACUAAGAGCCAUACGGAAAUUGAUAACCCAUUCAUCAUAGUUCACACCAUUGAGUUGAGGUUGUGAUAUGAUAGCCCUGGGGUUAUCGUUCGACGUUUAGUCAUAUGGCGAUAUUGUUUUAUAUUUUGGAUUCGCAGCAACAAUCGACAUGAUGGUAGUUGAUUUUGGUUGGAAAGAAUGACCGAAGGGUCUGUUUUAUAUGAAGGAAAAAAGGCUCUGUUUUCAGAGAUGAAAAACAGAGAUAACGAAAAACGCUAACUUGUAGAGAAGAAAGCGUCUUAAGAAAAUUAGGUCUUUCAGAUCUGAGGCUCUGUUUCCAUGACAAAUUUUAGAAUGAAAAAUAAUCUUCUUGAUUUUAUUCAUCGUAGGAAAGGUUACAUAUAUAUACAUUCAUAAUCUUCCUAAAAAGAAUAUUUCCAAAUCUCGUAAGAUAUAUACAAUAUAUGUUAAACUAUAGGAUAUGGAAUAUAUCCUAAUAAGGUCAAAUUCUCACCAAACCAAAACUUAUAUUAUAGCAUCUCCACCACAAACAAAUUCUCAAUUUCCCAUGCUCUUGAUAUUAAUUUAGAAUAAAACUAAAAAUGGAUUCUUACUUGAAAACUCAUGGGAUGUUUUUACGAAUUCACAGCACAGUCACCAUCUCUAUUUUGCUCCAUAUGUUUUUUUGAUGAUGGCAUAGAUCUCUACCACAUGUAUUCUCACUGAAUAUAUUCUAACUUGAAAACUCAUGGAACAUUUUUUUUACUUCAUUCACUAUCUAGUUAUAUGAGAAGUUUCUACUCUUUUGAAUUUUGUUUGAAUUAGUAAUAUGACAAAGCUUCAAUAUUUGAGUAUUGUCGAAAACAAUUUUUUUCUUAAAAGAAACUUUACAGACAAAGAAAACUGUCAGUUACAAAAAAAACAAAAAAAUAAUACUGUCUUAUAUAUAUAUAUAUUAUACAAGUGAAAAUAUAUAAAUAAGGUCUAGGAAAAAAACGGUAUAACAAACAGUCAAAUACAGUAAAAACCCUGCAUGAAACUUGGUGUCUAACGUUAACCAACUCUUGUUACUAACAAGCUAAUCGUAAGCCAAACAAAGAAAAAGAUAUUAUACAUAUUUAUAAGCAUUUUCGUAAGUUAUUUAAAAUGAUAUAUUAAAGAAUAUUUUCCUAAAUAUGCAUAUACAUCAAAUAUAGAAGAUAACAUACACAUUUAGGAAAAAAUCUAAAUUUAUGUACAAGUUUUAUUCAAUAAGUCUAUUUACAUAUUCAUGAAGACAUUCAUGAAUUAGAAAUUAUUAUUUUUCGCAAAUUCAGAAAGGUGUCAUACACGUUAAUAUUUUUCUAAGUUUUUUAAGAACUAUUUUUCCCCAAAAAAUACAUUUGAAAACAAAAAAAAAAUUAAAAACGAAAACUUCUGAAAAGAGAAUUUAAAGAAAAUUUAAUAACAGAUUUUGAAAAACAAAAUCGAAAAAAUUAUCUUUGAUUUUAUCAUUUUGAAUUUUAUAAUAUUUAAUUAUUAUCUUAUUUAAUAAAUAAUUAAUUAAAAUUAUAAAAUGAGGAUAUAAUUUUUAUUUAACCAUUUAAUGAAAUCUAUUUUUAUCACUUUAACUUUUGAAAGCUAUUUAAAGAACAAAAACAAAAAAAGACUAUUUAGUAGCACCAGGGCUGGCUUAGAUAGGGGCGAGCGGUGCAACCGCCCCUGGUCCAAUCCGUUGUCCCCCUAUUUCUUAAUAGAUAAGGGCCCAAUUUGUUUUUAAAAAUACAUGUAUUUUAAUAUUAAAAAUAAGAAAAGGGUGCCAAUGUUUUUUAUAUGAAAGUAUUUUUUUAUUUCCAUAAAUUUAUUUUUAAAAACAUUUCUGGUAUUUUGGAAAAAAACAUAUAUCUAUUAGAUUUUUUAAAGAAAAAUAAUUGUUUAAGGAAAAAAACAUAUAUCUAUUAGAUUUUUAAAAGAAAAAUAUUGUCAUAGGAUCCAUGACACCAUUGAGCCGGCCCUAGCACAACAAGAACGGUUGUAAGAAACUAAAAGCCAAUAUUCUACUUUUCAUGAUCAUUAUGAAUAUAUACUGUCUUAUAUUUUUAUACAAAUGAAAAGAUAAAUAGGUCUUAGAAAACGGUAUAGCAAAUAGUUAAAUACAGUAAAAACCCUGCAUGAAACUUGGUGUCUAACGUUAACCAACUCUUGUUACUAACAAGCUAAUCGUAAGCCAAACAAAGAUAAGAUCAAAAUUUAUUACACAAUGCACGUAAUCCAACCCCUAAUUAUAGUGUCAUUACAUUAUCUAUUUAAAGGAUCACAAAGUGACUCCCAUUUUUAAAUUAAGCCACAACAUUCCUUCCUUCCUUCUAAGCGCAAAAGCAAAAUAAAAAUGGCAGGAGGAGCUUUUGUGUCAGAAGGAGGAAGUGGUGGAAGAGAUUAUGAAGGAGGAGUCACAGUUUUCGUUGUCAUAACAUGUAUGGUUGCAGCCAUGGGAGGUCUCCUCUUUGGUUAUGACCUUGGAAUCUCAGGAGGUGUGACAUCAAUGGAUGAGUUUCUUAGCAAGUUCUUCCCACAAUUAGAGAAGCAAAGGGUAAAGGCGAAGCACGAGACGGCUUACUGCAAAUUUGAUGACCAAAAGCUCCAAUUGUUUACUUCUUCUCUCUACUUAGCAGCUUUGGUAGCUUCCUUUGUGGCUUCGGUUGUUACUAGGAAGUAUGGACGAAAGGUUUCCAUGUUUACCGGUGGACUUGCUUUCCUCACCGGUGCACUGAUCAACGCCUUUGCCAUUAAUGUCACAAUGCUCAUCAUCGGUAGACUUUUGCUCGGUGUAGGUGUGGGAUUUGCUAAUCAGUCUACUCCGGUUUACCUCUCGGAAAUGGCUCCAGCAAAGAUAAGAGGAGCGCUAAACAUUUGUUUCCAGGUGGCUAUUACGUCUGGAAUCUUGGUGGCGAAUCUGAUCAACUAUGGAACAUCUAAUAUGGCUAAAAAUGGGUGGAGGGUUUCUUUAGGUUUAGCAGCUGUUCCAGCAAUUCUUAUGGUGAUCGGAUCAUUCUUUUUGCCCGAUACACCAAACUCAAUGCUUGAGAGAGGCAAAUACGAGGAAGCAAAACAAAUGUUGAAGAAAGUACGAGGAACGGAAAACGUUGACCAUGAGUUUCAAGAUAUACGCGAUGCAUGUGAAGCUGCUAAAAAGGUAGAACAUCCAUGGAAAAACAUCAGGCAGAGCAAAUACAGACCGGCUUUAGUCUUCUGCUCGGCCAUUCCCUUUUUCCAGCAGAUUACUGGAAUUAAUGUCAUUAUGUUCUACGCUCCUGUUCUCUUCAAGACUCUUGGUUUUGGAGAUGAUGCUGCUCUUAUGUCGGCUGUAAUAACCGGUGUAGUUAACGUGCUCGCGACCUUUGUCUCCCUAUACUCGGUUGAUAGAUUUGGAAGAAGGUUUCUUUUCCUUGAAGGUGGCAUUCAAAUGUUCAUAUGUCAGAUUCUUGUUGGUUCAUUUAUCGGUUUAAAAUUCGGAACCACGGGAACCGGAACCUUGACACCAGCAACAGCAGACUGGAUUCUUGUUUUCAUAUGUGUGUACGUUGCUGGAUUUGCAUGGUCAUGGGGUCCAUUGGGUUGGUUAGUACCCAGUGAGAUCUGUCCAUUGGAAAUCAGACCAGCGGGACAAGCCAUCAACGUCUCAGUCAACAUGUUCUUCACUUUCCUCAUCGGUCAAUUCUUCUUGACAAUGCUUUGUCACAUGAAGUUUGGUCUCUUCUACUUCUUCGCAGGCAUGGUUGCCAUCAUGACCAUCUUCAUCUACUUUUUGUUUCCGGAGACCAGAGGUGUUCCCAUUGAAGAGAUGGGAAGAGUUUGGAAGCAACAUUGGUUCUGGAAAAGGUACAUUCCAGAUGACGCAGUUAUUGGUGGACAUGAUGAAAACUAA